GACGUACUCGAGGCAAAAUCCGGUGGAACUCGGAAGGGAGGCAGCUGUCGUGGAUUUGAAAUCGCCCCUUUAACAUGCUUAUACAGACCUUGUGAAAGUCUUACCAGCCAUGGAGUCGGACACGAAUGCUUUCCGCGUGGACUUCCCCGAUUUCUCCUGCUCGCUCCUGCACAAGCUGAACCAGCAGCGGCAGCGCGGGCAGCUGUGUGACCUCAUCGUCAGCAUCGGGGGACACCAGUUCCGGGCACACCGCGCUGUGCUGGCCGCCAGCUCGCCCUACUUCUGUGACCAGGUGCUUCUGAAGAACAGUGCUCGUGUGGUGCUGCCCGAGGUCAUGAACCCCUGGGUGUUCGAGGGCCUCCUACUGUCCUGCUACACUGGCUCCCUCAGCCUGCCCGCCUGCGAGGUGGUGGCCUUCCUGACUGCGGCCAGCUUCCUGCAGAUGUGGCACGUGGUGGACAAGUGCACCGAGCUGCUGGAGAGCAACCCUGCCGCUGCCGCCGCCUCCUCCUCCUCCUCGCGGCCCUCUCUCAAGGCCCUCGCCUCGGCCGCCAGGCGCGGCAGCAGUGGCAGCCAUCACCUCUCUCCAGACCGAGGGAGUCACCACGGCGACAGGGGAGGAGAGGAGUCGUGCUCCGACGGCGGAGCGGGAGGCAGCAGCGAGGGCUUCGGCAAGAUGGCCGGCGUCGGCGGAGGAGACUUUGAUCAGCUCCUGGAGGAGGGGGGCUUCUCUCCGCAGGGCCUGGAGCUGGGCGCUCCCUCUAGUGGUGAGGGCUGCUCACCGCCACCCAACGGCCAGAACGGCGGCGGUGGCAGCAACGAGGAACACGAUGACGAUGAGGAUGAUGAUAUCGAUGACGAUGAGGACGGGCGUCCCAAGGCCAAGUACGUGCCGCCGAGCAUCAUGGGACACAGGAAGUGGAGCCAGGUGAAGACGGAGCGGCCGGGCCGCGAGGACUGCACCAGCGGCACCCUGUUCAUAAACGAGAUGGGCAGCACAGACAGCUCGGAGUCGUACCACCGCCAACUCCAGCACCAGCAGGGCUUCUGCGGCGACGACAGCCUGGACGACAAGCUGGCCAACCAGCUGGACGACGGCCUCGACUGCGACCCCGCCUUCGACGACCCGCUGGACUUCUACGGCAGCUCCAUGGACCGAUACAGCAGCGACCAGGCCGGCCACCUCGACUUCGGAAGAGGCGGCGAGGACGACGAAGACGGGAUGGACGCCGACGUCCACGGCCCGGAUGACGUGACCAACUUGGGCCCGGGCUACAAGCUGUACCAGUGCAAGUGCGGCAAGAGCUUCACGCACAAGAGCCAGCGCGAUCGCCACAUGAGCAUGCACCUGGGCCUGCGGCCGUACGGCUGCGCCGUCUGCGGCAAGAGCUUCAAGAUGAAGCACCACCUGGUGGGCCACAUGAAGAUCCACACGGGCAUCAAGCCCUACGAGUGCAGCAUGUGCUCCAAGCGCUUCAUGUGGCGCGACAGCUUCAACCGCCACACCGCCUCCUGCAGGCGGAUACAGGGAAAGCGGGCAGCGUCCGCCAACAAUGCCGCCGCCGCUGCUGCUGCUGCCGCGGCUACAGCAGCCACGACCUCGACCACGACCACUGCCACUGCCGAGCAGAGCGUUUGCUGAGUCCAGGUCAGCCAAGUCGAGCCACACAUCUCAGGCCAAACCAGGAGGAUGAUGCUAUCCACCUUAUUAUCCAUCAGUUAUAUGGGUGCCGCGAUGCUAGCGCUGGAGCUCUCUUUGGAUUUCCGGUUGUGCAAUGGAGUCCAUAGACUUGAAUGAUGACCCCUAACAGUAACCAGCAGACCAGAAAUUCUGGUAGACUACGAAAUUAUGUGAAAUGGGCGGGACUUAAUAAGGUGGAUAGACUCAAGAAGGUCUACAGACCUACAUUGCGUGAAAGCCCUCCAAAAACCUAACUGGUUUCCCACUGAUGGCCCAACCAAUGGAUCAACCGAAAUGGCAGUGCAUACAGUGGAGUUGCUGCAAGCGACCCUUCAGUAUAAAAUACUACACAGCAGUUGGCAGUUCAAAAGGUUUUCCACCCAACUGAGGGAGUUAAGUGGCCUCCACUUAAGGUCUCAAGCAUUUUCUUGUGUUGGCAUAUGUCUAGCCACGUU